CUAAUUCAAUGCAACAAAAUACUACACAUUCCCUGGUGUCGUAUAUCUUCAAGACUUCGACAAAGAGAAAUUUUCAAUCGGUAAAAGCUUAAUCAUCCAAAGAUGUACAACCGCAUGUCAGAACCAGGCUUCGAUGAGGACAAGGGUGGUAUGCCCCAACCGGAGAUUCAACAGCCACCACCCUACCCCCAACCCGGUAUGGGACCCAUCCCGAUGCAACAACCACCAGCAUUCCAGCAACCGAUGCAACAACCCAGCCACAUGCACAGCAGCAACACUAAUACAACAGUCGUAAUACAGCAACAGCCACAGCAGGUUGUGAUUCAAGGACCAAGAGCAUGGAGCACUGGCAUCUGUUCCUGUUUUGAUGAUUGUGGUGACUGUCUGUUUGGCUUCUUCUGCCCGUGUAUACACGAGUGUAAUCUCAGCAGUGCGGCUGGGGAGUGCUGCUGUGUCGCAAGAUGUUGCCCAAUUGCUCUGAGAACGAAGAUAAGAACAAAGCAUAACAUUGCGGGAAGCAUUAUGGACGACUGUUGCACAGUUCUAUGCUGUGGUCCAUGUGCAACUUGUCAAAUGUCAAGAGAGCUGAAAAUUCAUGGAAUUUAACCACCAAAUACUUCAUAUUUUUACUAAACAAUGGUAACUAUUUCUAGUAUGUGAUUGCAAUCAUAGGGCAAUUUAUUAUUUUUAAUGAAUAUGUGAUACCCAAGUAACCUAACAUUAUGAUAAGCCUAAGGCCAUGUUUAAAGCUUUUUUGUCAAGUAAGAUAGUGAGCGAAUGUUGUGUCUUGUAUGCUGUAUGAAUUUCUUAUAUCUUCUACUAGCUGUUCAACUAUAUUUAGAUACGUUUGUAAAUGACAUUGUGCUUUGCAUUAAAA